AUGACCUUCAGGGUCUGCUGGGCAAGGGAUCAUACGGCACGGUGCACCGCGCGACGCAGCGAGCGACUGGAAAGGCACGGUUGCGGAUGCGCCGUGAAGUGCCUCAGGGCGAGGUACAGUUCAGAGUCGCGGCGCUGGAACCAAGAGGUCGAGAUCAUGCGGUCGCUCGACCACCCCAACAUCGUGAAGCUGGUGGAGUCGUUCCAGGAUAGGAGGAACAUGCAUCUUGUGGUGGAGUUGUGCACUGGGGGGCAAUUGCUGUCAGGUGUGGUGACCAAGGGAGAGCUGUUCUCAGAGCAGAAGAUGGCAGCGGUGCUGCAACAGAUCCUGCGAGGCACGCUCUACUUGCAUUCGUGCUGGAUUGCUCACAGGGAUCUCAAGCCAGAGAACCUACUGUUAUCCAGUGACGCCGCCACGAAGGACACCGCAGUAAAGAUCAUAGAUUUCGGUCUUGCUCGCAGGUUUGCCGCGGGGGAGGUGCUCAAGACGAUGGUUGGGUCACCCGUCUACGUGGCACCCGAGGUGUUAAACGGUAAGGGCUACGAUUCGCAAUGCGAUAUUUGGAGCAUCGGGGGAACAGCUUUCGUACUCGCAUGUGGUCAUGUGCCGUUCACGGGCAAGACAGAGAAGAGCGUGCUCGAUAAAGUAGCGAGGGGGAUCCCUUGUUUCUUGCCUGCGCAUUGGAGGCGGGUGCCCGCGCACGCCAAGGCGUUCGUGCAGACCUUGCUGACCAAGAGCCCCGAGAGGAGGCCCACGGCGGCCCUGGCCCUCGCCGACGAGUGGCUCACGGCCGCCGCGGGCCCGGGAGCGCGAGGGCUGCCCCGCGGCUUCGUGGAGAACCUGCGCAGGUUCAAGUCGGAGGACACGUUCUCGAAGGCAGUGCGCCACGUCGUCGCCGGGGUGCUCGACGACCCUGACGUGCGCGCCCUCCGCAGCGCGUUCGUGGCGCUGGACUUGGACGGCAACGGGCUGCUGUCGCCGCGCGAGCUAAAGGAGGGCCUCCGGCGCAGUGGCCUCAGCAUCUCGGAGCAGGAGCUGCUCGAGAUCCUCGAGGGCAUGGACGUCAACGGCAACGGUGCCAUUGAGUACACGGAGUUCCUGGCCGCCGCCGUCGACACGAGCAAGUGCCGGGGCGAGGGCAUGUGCCAGUACGCCUUCGACGUGUUCGAUUGGGACGGUGACGGGCAGAUCUCCCUCCAGGACCUCUGGGUACCGGGCCCGCGCGGCGGCUUGGAGGCAGAAGCUGGAGGAGCUGGAGGGCCAGGGCCUCGUCGAGGUGGACCGGAUCCAGGACUGGCUGGACUGCGUCCACGAGGUGGACCGCGACGUGUGCGUCUUCUGCGGCAUCGACCCGGGCGAGGUCGUCCUGGAGGAGAGUGCCAGCACGGCCCCCUCACGCUCGCGCGCUGCUGCCUGCAGUGCGAGGAGCUGCUGCGACCGCCCGGCGCCCGCGAGUCGGGCCUGGUGCGCUCGUGCUCCGCGCUGUCGGAGGGGCCCGCCGCGGACGGGGCCCACCUGCCCAUCCUGCUGCGCGGCGGGGACGAGCCGCAGGCGGAGCCCGAGCACACCGACCCGAAAGGCUGCGACGGCGAGGCGGGCCAGCCAGGGCGCCGCACAGGCAGCAGGCCCUGGAGGCUGGAGAGCAGCAGCAGCAUGCGCGGCUCCAUCGUGGUGGCCAGCCCGCGCGACGAGAGCGCCCCUGCCUCCGCGCGGCCCUGCGCGCCAGCCAGGGGCUGCUCAUGCCCCCAGCCGAGGCGCAGCUGCCUCUCGGCAAGCCGUCGGCCAUGGGCGCGCAGGCAAGCGCGAGGACUGAGCGAGAGCCCCGCGGGCGCGGGCGCGGAACCCCCGCGCCAGGACGAGGAGGCCCCGGAGGAGGCCGCGCCGCACGCCCAGCGCCACCGCGGCGUGGGCCACCGCCACAGGCGCGGGAGGCGGCCCCGCGAGGCGGCCCCCCUCUCCGCCACGGAGUGA